AUCCAUUAAUGAAAAUGGAAAGCUACAAAGACAUUAAAAUGGAAGAUCAUCACCCAAUGUAUUUCAUUGACAAUAACAAUUUUGGAGUUACUAACCAUUCAUUAAUCUCAGAUUACAACAUAAACACAUCGUCUUUGGGUUUCAUGGAGUUAUUGGGUUUUCAUCAAGACUUUUAUUCAUCAGCUUCAGCUUUUGAGUUACCAAAAGAAGAAAACUACUGUCCUGCAGUUUGUGUAUCUGAAGAAGAAGAAGUAAAGCCAUCAUCUGUAGUGCCUGAGAACCAAAUAAUUAGUAGUACUACUGUAGCUACAGGUAACGUAUUGAAUACGCCAUCUACCCCUAAUUGCUCCUCCAUUUCCUCUGAAGGACAUGGAGAUGCAGAUGGAGAAGUAGAAAAUCAUGAGCAACAAAACACAAAGACUAAACAACAGUUGAAAGCGAAGAAAACAGUUAGUCAGAAGAAGCAGAAAGAGCCGAGAUUUGCGUUUAUGACAAAGAGUGAGGUUGAUUUUCUUGAAGAUGGUUAUAGAUGGAGAAAAUACGGACAAAAAGCUGUUAAAAACAGUCCUUUCCCCAGGAACUAUUAUCGCUGCACAAAUGCAACAUGUAAUGUAAAGAAGAGAGUAGAGCGAUGUUUCAGUGACCCAAGCAUAGUGGUGACUACCUACGAAGGAAAACAUACUCAUCCAAGUCCCAUGAAUAUGAUGAUGUCCCGUCCUAACUGCUAUCCAAUAAAUCCACUACUCCCUUCACCUGGAACCUUCACUCUGCCAAUGCAGUUCAACAUCAAUCAGUCCUUCAACAACUUAACGAGUUCUAAUUUAGCCAUGAAUAAUCAGCUUGAUCAUGCUGCUUUUGCUGCUCAAGGAAGGCGUUUUUGCAGUAAUACCGAAAUGCUGGGAGAUCAGGGGAUUGAUCUCCAGGAUCUUAUGCCUUCCGCGGUGCUAAAACACGAGUACAACAGAUGAUGAUGGAUGUAUAUAGAGGAUAUAUAUAGUCGAUCAGUUAAAUAAUUAUAAGUAUAUGCAUUAUAUUACUUUGUUAUAAUUAGCUAGUGGUACUCUUAUCGCAUUUCUAAUAUAUUCAUACCGGAAAUCUCAUGGUCUAACAUUGACAUUUUCGGAUCCUCUAUGCAUGUGUAUACUU